AUGAAUAAGAAGAAACAAUACGCCUAUCUUGAGGAGGAAGAUUAUGAUGAUUCCAGCAGUACUGGUAGUAAUGAUAAUCUAACAUCAAAUGGUGUAAUUUUAGAUAAUAAAAGUAUUAAUAAUAGUAAUAGUAUAAAUAAUAGUAGCAGUAGCCUAAAUAAUAGUAUUGAUGAAUUCAAAACAAACAAAGAGAAGAAUAGGACAUCAUCACCGAGUCCAAUGUAUAUCGAUGACUAUGAUAGAUAUAAUGACCAGUUUGAUGAGUACGACGAAGACAACGAAGACGAUGAAUAUAAUAUAGCCUCUAAUAUGUUGCUGGACGAAGAUCAGUUCUACAAGAUCAACUACUCGACACAACGAUCUUUACAAAUUGAAGAUACAAUGCAACAGGUUGUUAUAAAUAAACUAUUUAUUGAAGAUCCAAGUACGAAUAAGACACAGGCAUUGGAAGCACUGGGGCUCAAGCUGAAUGAGGAUUUCGAUUGGUUCCAAUCUUCAAAAUAUCUCCUUUUCACCAUCGCCAGCUUCCACUUUGUAACACAAUUGAAAAACGAUUUAUUCCGUUCAAUACUCACUCAAGAAGUAACCUAUUUCGAUUCAAGUAAAGGUAGUGAAUUGAAUGCUAUCAUUUCUUCCGACACUUUAAUAUUACAAAAUAUAGUAUCUGUAUCAUUAUCAACAUUUGUUCGUAGUUUAUUACAAUCGGGCGGUGGAUUACUGAUAUUGGAGUUGUCGACAAGAGCAUCCUCCGUGGUAGACAGCACCGCAACCAACAUUGUAGAGAUCAGAUUGCUCAAUGCUGAAGCCAAGCAAAUGGGUGCAUUCGAAACAGAGUUAGAGACAGUACAUCGUGCAAUAAAGUCUUCAAUUUUUACAAGUGGAUUUUGGAUUGCAAUUGGUGGAUUUACAGUUUUAUUAAUCUUGAUAUUUGCAUUUAUGUUUACAUUGUAUGAGACAAUUCAGAGAGAGAUUUCAAUGUUCCAGUAUGUUUUAUAUGCAUUGAUGUUGUCGGUGUCUAUCAGUGGAUUGUUUGGUGUGAUUGGCGAGUUCCAAAAGUUGCUACCUUCAUGUCGUCGUAUUUUCAGUUUGAUCGACAGACGACCAAAGGUUUCGUUCAAGGGCGGCGUUGCACCGACUCCAUCGGAGCUCAGUAUAGCAUUCGAUAAUGUUUCUUUCCAUCACAAGAAUGGCACAAUCCUACUCAGUGGAAUUUCAUUCAACCUCAGAAAGCGUACGAUGGUUGCACUGGUUGGACCAUCUCAAUCCAAAGACAUUGUGUUCUCACUCAUCCAAGGAAUCUACUAUCCAACGCGUGGAUCCGUCACCAUUGGAAGAAUCGAUACCAAAGCAGUCGAUCUACAUCUAUUCAGAAGCAAAUGCUAUUCAAUUACCUCAAAUACUUCUAUUUUUGAAGGAACAGUCGAACAAAAUAUAAGAUAUGGAUUGUCACAUCUAUCACAACAAAAUAUUAUUGUAGCAUCGAAAAGAGCGAAUCUUCACGAUUUCAUUAUUAGUUUGCCACAAGGUUAUGACACUAUGCUUGGAAAAGAGAGACUGAGUACCAAUAUCAUACAAAAGAUAUCGGUGGCGCGUGCAUUCCUCAGAGAUCCAGAGGUGUUGCUCGUCGAUGAGUCCUCUUGCAUAACAGAGUCAACCGACGAUUUGAAUGGUCCACUCGAUCAGCUCUAUCAAAACAGAACGGUCUUGGUCAUUGCAAACCGUUUGUCAACACUGGAGAAAUCACAACAGGUCGUUGUUUUCGAAGACAGUAGAGUUGUUGAAACUGGAGUGCACAGUGAACUACUUCAAUCCGAUUUACUAUAUCAAAAUUUAGUAAAACCAAAUUGA